AUGAUUACUGAAGGUAUAAUCACGAAGAGAGUCGUUAGUUCUGAUUUAGCUAGACUGUUCGACCCACUUGGGUUAUUAGCUCCAGUAAUAGUCAAAGCAAAGAUAUUCAUACAACACUUAUGGCAGUUGAAUUUAUCUUGGGAUGAACCACUUUCUACAGAUCUUCGUACAACAUGGUCAACAUUUAGAGAAAACUUAACUACUCUUCAAGAGAAGGACCAGCCGGUAUUUUUGUGGACUGAUUCAGAAAUUGUGUUGUCUUGGAUUAACUCACAGUCCUCAUCAUUUCAAACAUUUGUAGCUAACAGGGUGGCAAGAAUUCAAACUUUAACUCUGUCUGAACAGUGGCGACAUGUUAGGUCAAAGGACAAUCCAGCUGAUGUAUUAUCAAGAGGACUUUCAGCAAGGGCGUUGUCAACAUGUGCACUUUGGUUUCAAGGACCGUUCUUUUUGCAUGGAAGGCAGGAAGUAUGGCCACCAAGGUUUUCAUCAUCAUUACAAGUUCCAGUCGAUCUGGAGAAGAAGAAGAUUGUAGCUGUAGCAACUCAAAGCAAUGACGCAGAUUUCAUAUACAGGAUUCAGCACAAGAAUUCAUUUAAGACGUUACAAAAGAUAGUAGCAUAUGUUCUUAGAUUCACUAACAACGCAAGAAAAUCAAAGGAGUCACGUGGCACACAUAUAGUACUUAGUGCCAACGAAUUGGAUGCAGCAUUAAUAACUAUAAUAUGUCACAUUCAAGGUAAUGAUUUUCAUGAAAAAAUCAAACAACUGAAGAAACAAGGCAAUGUUGAUAAAUAUAGUUCAAUCAGUAGUUUAUCUCCAUUCAUUGAUAAUGCAAAUGUUCUUAGAGUAGAAGAACGCUUAGAAGCCUCAUCAUUACCAUACGACUCUAAACACCCAAUGCUGAUCCCAUACAAUGAUCCAUUGGCAAAAUUAUUAUUCGUGAUGUUCCAUGAAGAAAACAAGCACUGUGGCCCGCAGGCACUAUUGAGUAUAAUCCGACAACGUUUCUGGCCGAUUAAAGGUAAAUCAACAGCCCGAGCAACGGUUCAGCGAUGCAUUCGAUGCAACAAAGCACGUCCGCAACUAUGCCAACAAAUUAUGGGCAAUUUACCAGAACCAAGAAUAACUCCUGCAAGACCUUUCAUUAAUGCUGGUGUAGACUAUUGCGGACCAUUUUGGAUCCACUACAAGGUGAGAGGCAAAAAGCCAACAAAGGCAUAUAUUGCUGUCUUUCGUUGCUUUUCUAUAAAGGCGGUACAUCUCGAGUUAGUGACCGACUUAUCAACAAAUGAUUUCAUUGGAGCAUUAAAACGAUUUAUAAGUCGACGAGGGCGUUGUUUGAAUAUUUACAGUGAUAACGCAACAAACUUCGUAGGCGCCAAAAAUCAGUUAGCAGAACUAGAGGAAAGUGUUUAUUCUAAUGAAGGGCAAGAAGCAAUAAUUUGUGCUUGCAGUACUACAGGAAUAAACUUUCAUUUUAUUCCACCAAGGGCUCCACACUUUGGCGGUUUAUGGGAAGCAUUCGUAAAGUCCGCAAAAUAUUUGUUACUACACAGCGUUUCAACAGCAUCAUUGACGUAUGAAGAACUUGAAACAGUAGUGGUGGAAAUUGAAGCGAUAUUAAAUUCACGACCAUUGACUCCAAUGUCCAAAGAUCCAACUGAUUUGACAGCAGUUAAUGCUUAUUAA